AUGCGUUCUUCUCUCGUUCUGCUAGCCGGUCUAGCGAGCUCAGCUCUCGCCUACCCUACCGAUAAGUCCGUUGAGCCCCGUACCCUGGGCCUCCUCAGUGAGCUCCUUGGCGAUAUCACCGUCGACGUGAGUGCUAUCCUUGGUGGCGUGCUCGGUGGCCAUGGCCACUCCUCUGUUGGACUUCUUGCUGGUCUGAGCGCUGAGGGUGCUGCCGCUCUCUCGGGUGGUGCUCUCGGCUGCAAGUCCGGUGCCAUCCACCACAAGGCCAAGGCCGCCCUCAAAGUUUGGUUGCUCUUCCACGCCGAACUUGACCCCUCUCUCAAGAAGUCACUCAUCUCGUGGUGUGAGGGUAACGACGAGCUCGUCCUCUCCGCGGACAUCCUGGCUGCUCUGUCCGUGUACAUCCCCGGAUGUGCCGACAUCGCUGCCAAGGGCCAGCUUUACGUCACUAUUGACGGUAUCUUUGAGGCUGCCAGCCUCGAGUCUGCUCUCGUCCUGAGUGUUGGUGCUCAGGCUUCCCUUUCCGCUUGGGUCGAGGCUCAGCUUAGUCUUGAUGUGGCCGUCAAGGUCGGUCUCAAUGUCUGCGCUGCUGGUGGUGUUGUCGGCAGUCUGUCGGCUGACAUCAAGGCUUCCCUUCUUGCUUGGAUCAACAGCAAGGAGUGUGACCUCAGCGCUCACCUCAAGGUUUCGGUCCUUGCCUGGAUCAAUGGUCAUGCUGGUGGUGACCUUAUUGAGAUUGGUGCUCUUGCUGACACUGCUCUCUCUACCAUCUCCGUUGGUGCUUCCGUCGGCGUGCACGUCCUGGAGUCCGGCCUUCUGUCUGUUGGUGGCCAGGCGUCCCUCGCUGCCUUCCUGGGAGUUGAUCUCGCUGUUGGUCUCGCUGCUGAUGUUAAGCUCGCUCUCGAGGCAUGCGCCAAGGGUGAGCUCGCCACCGCCGUGGAACUUGACAUCCGCACCAAGCUCGCCAUCUGGCUCACCAGCUCCGACUGCUCUCUGGGCGUUGAGCUCAAGGCUGUCGUCCUUCUUUGGCUCUCCUUCGGUGUCGAGGUUGAUGUUUCCGCUUCGCUGGACCUGGUUGGUGGCCUCCUCGGUGGUGUCACCGGUCUCCUGACCGAAACCGUUACCGAUCUCAGCGUUGACCUCCGUGGUGCCCUUUCCCUCUGCGCUGCCGGCGGUAGCCUCAUUGACCUGACCUUCGGCGCCCGUGCUGAGCUCGCUGCCUUCCUCAGUGGCUGCACUUCCAUUGACAUCGAUAUCAGCAUCCAGCUCAUCAUCAUCCAGUGGUUCACCGGCUGCAGCAUCCCCGGUGCUCCCACCCCCCAUGCCUCGUCUUCCGUUCCCAGCCUGCCCUCCAGCACCCCCUAUGUGCCCAGCACCUCCGCUGUGCCUUCCGGUCCCGGUGCCUCCGUCUCUGUGUCUAUUCCCGCCGGUACCCCCGUCCCCAGCGGUCCCGGUGCCAGCACCACCCCCUGUGAUACCGAGACCUCGCAGAUCGUCAGCUCCACUGUGAUCCCCGGCCCCAACGGCUCCGGCUCUGUCACUGUCACUGUCCCUACCGUGCCUACCGGCACCAGCCCCGCUGAGACCCCUACUGGCGUUGCUCCCACCGGCACUCCUGUCGCUACCGGCCCCGCUCCCUCCGGCCCUGCUGCCAGCACUCCCUGCGACACUGAGACCUCCGCCGUCGUCACCUCCACUGUGAUCCCCGGCGGCCCUAACGAGUCUGGCUCCCAGACCGUCUCUGUCCCUACCGUUCCCACCGGCACCAGCCCUGCUGAGACCCCCACUGGCGUUGCUCCCACCGGCACUCCUGUCGCUACCGGCCCCGCUCCCUCCGGCCCUGCUGCCAGCACUCCCUGUGACACUGAGACCUCCGCCGUCGUCACCUCCACUGUGAUCCCCGGCGGCCCUAACGAGUCUGGCUCCCAGACCGUCUCCGUCCCUACCGUGCCUACAGGCACCAGCCCUGCUGAGACCCCCACUGGCGUUGCCCCCACCGGCACUCCUAUCGCUACCGGCCCUGCUCCCUCCGGCCCUGCUGCCAGCACUCCCUGCGACACUGAGACCUCCGCCGUUGUCACCUCGACCGUGAUCCCUGGUGUUCCAGUUCCUUCCGGCCCCGCUGCCAGCACUCCCUGCGACACCGAGACCUCCGCCGUCGUCACCUCGACUGUGAUCCCCGGUGGCCCAGCUACAUCUGCCCCGGCCCCUACCAGCCCUCCCACCAUGCCCUCCGGCGGUAGUGACUCUGGUUCCGACAAGGUCACCGUCACCGAGACUGUGACUGCCACCGUCUGCGGCUGCGAGUAA